AUGACUGCAGAUGCAAUGGGUCUCGUUGAAAAUAAUCCGCUACACUUCAACGAAUGGACCAAAUCAAAUCAUCCAGAGUUCGAUGGAGUUCGGUAUCCUCCACGACAGAUCUACGGGAAAUAUCUCACAUGGCUUUUCGAUCGUGCAACCGAGAACGCCGCAUCCCAAGAGAUACACUUGGAGGUGAUACACAAGGAACUUGUUGCUCUCUCUCAAUUUGGAAACAAAUUUAAGGUCGUGGAUGAUGACGCCAAAACAACCAUGGUCGACAAAGUCGUUCUCGCGCUUGGGAACUUCACCAAAUGCACUCAACCGGAUCUCAUAAAUCAUUCCGGAUAUUUCAGUAGUCCCUGGCCGUUGGGGCGUCUAGAUGGAAUCCUGCCAUUUGCCCCAGUCUGUAUCAUUGGUUCAAGACUAUCUGCUAUUGAUGCUGCAUUCCGAUUAGUGGCAAAUCAUCAUAAGGGGCCGAUAUAUCUUGCCUCGAGGUCAGGACGUCUCCCGGGAGUCCAGGGGCGUUCUAGCCAAGAAUACAAGAAAAGAUACGGCUUACAGAUGAUUGCCAGAGAACUUGAAGGUACUUCAAAGUCUAUAGGUGUGUUCGAUGUGUACGAUCGACUCAGGUCACAUUUGGAUGGCUUCAACACCCCUAAUUGGGAGGCCUACUUGAAUGAGGAAAAUGCCUUACAACAGCUAACUCAAAAUGUUUUGGAGGCUGAGCAAGAUAAACCAUCUUGGAGAUCGGUGAUUGAUGCCGCUGCCCCAAUGUUUGAGAGAUAUUGGAAUUGCAUUACAAUGAAGGACCGCCUCAUGUUCAUUGAUGACUGGAACUCUGCAUGGUACUCAAUUGUUCACGCCAUGCCAUAUGAGAAUGCACUUCAUCUCCAGCAGCUCUUGCAAGAAAGGAGAAUAGAAGUUGUAAAAUUUCAUCAGAUCAAGCCGUCUCAGGAUGGGUUUAGCAUCAUAACGGCAAGUCGGGCAAUUCAGACAGAUUUCAUUGUUGAGGCUACUGGUCUGGAAUUGAAUGUUUCACACAUUCAAUCAUCGGUUAUAAAAUCUGUUCUCUCAUCAGGAAUGCUGGAGGGAAGCCCCCUGGGUGGAUUUUCCGUGAAUCAACACACCCUGGAAUCGACCAAAGCCAAAGGACUAUACGUUAUCGGCUCCUUGACUACCGGUGUUCAUUUCUACACGAAUGGUAUCGACAGAAAUACUGCACAUGCAUCGCGUAUCGCGCGAAAUAUAGUUGGAAAACCUCUUUAUUAG